CACUUCCGGGAACGCGGCGGGAGCGCGGUGUGAGGAACCGGGAGGAACCGGGAGGGUCCCGGCGUGGUCGAGCCGCCCCCGGCACGUCCCGCAGCGGGUCGGGGCCGCUCCGAGGCGGCUCCUGGGGCCGAUCCCGGUGUCGUUCCUGGUACCGAGGUCGUUCCCGGUUCUCGGCUCCGGUGCGGCCGCCAUGGGCCGCCGUAAGUCGAAGCGGAAGCCGCCGCCUAAGAAGAAGAUGACGGGGACGCUGGAGACGCAGUUCACGUGUCCCUUCUGCAACCACGAGAAAUCGUGCGACGUCAAGAUGGACCGCGCCCGGAACACCGGGGUGAUCUCGUGUACCGUGUGCCUGGAGGAGUUCCAGACCCCCAUCACCUACCUGUCGGAGCCCGUGGACGUUUACAGCGACUGGAUCGACGCCUGCGAAGCCGCCAACCAGUGACACCCGGGGAGGGGACACUGCCCUGUCCCCAAACCCCUGGGGGCGUGACAACAGCCCCCGGGAGCCGGUGACACCCCCAGGACCCGGUGACACCCCCAGGACCCGGUGGGCUGGGUGACAUUUCUCCCCCAGGACCUGAAACUUGUCCUUGUCCCCCGGGGGACGUGGGGACGUCGGGACAGGCGCGACUCGUUUUGGGAGAGCUGCCCUGCAAUAAACACCCCUGUG